AUGGCCCCAGUGAACUUCACAAGAGUUACAGGUUUUCUUCUUUUGGGACUUUCUGAGGAACCCAAAUUGCAGCCACACAUAUUUGGGCUUUUCCUCUCCAUGUACCUCCUCACGGUGCUGGGAAACCUGCUCCUCAUUGUGGCCGUCAGCUCCGACUCCCGCCUCCACACCCCCAUGUACUUCUUCCUCUCCAACCUAUCUUUUGUAGACAUCUGUUUCACCUCCACCAUCAUCCCAAAGAUGUUGCAGAACAUCCAGACUCAGAGCAAAGCCAUAACCUAUGAAGGCUGCAUCACCCAGAUGUAUUUUUUCAUACUCUUUACAGGGCUGGAUGACUUCAUCCUGACCGUGAUGGCCUAUGACCGCUUCGUGGCCAUCUGCCACCCUCUUCACUACACGGUCAUCAUGAACUCCCGGCUCUGUGGGCUGCUGGUCCUGGUGUCCUGGGCCAUCAGUCACCUGCACUCUUUGUUAGAAAGCUUAAUGGUGUUACGGUUAUCUUUUUGCACAGACUUGGAAAUUCCUCACUUUUUCUGUGAACUCAAGCAGAUGGUCCAACUUGCCUGUUCUGAUACCUUUCUAAAUAACAUGGUGAUGUAUUGUUCAGCUGUGCUCCUGGCUGGGGGACCUCUUAUUGGGAUCCUAUAUUCUUAUUCUAAGAUAGUUUCCUCCAUACGAAGAAUCUCAUCAGCUAAAGGGAAGUAUAAAGCAUUUUCCACCUGUGCCUCCCACCUCUCAGUUGUCUCCUUAUUUUAUUGUACACUCCUCGGUGUUUAUCUUAUCUCUGCUGCUUCCCAAAAUGCACAGUCUAGUGCAAUACCCUCAGUGAUGUACACCGUGGUCACACCCAUGCUGAACCCCUUCAUCUACAGUCUGAGGAACAAAGACAUCAAGGGGGCUCUGAGAAGACUCUUUGGGAAGGCAGCUUAA